AUGGGCGAGUGGAGCACUCGCUGUCCGCCGGUACUCGUUCCGAGACGUCCCCGUUGGCUUGGUGUCACCCGUCGCUGCGGCACCCCGGGCGUCUGCCUCCAGGUGCUCGUGCUGCGCCUCGGUGCCGACUCGCUCGACGCUCUUGGGGACGGCGAGCAGAACUCGCUCGACGCUCUUGGGGACGGCGAGCAGAACUCGAUCUACGAUCUGGGGGACGGCGAGCAGAACUCGCUCGACACUCUUGGGGAUGGCGAGCAGAACUCAAUCCACGAUCUUGGGGACGGUGAGCAGAACUCGCUCCACGAUCUUGGGGACGGCGAGCAGAACUCGCUUAACGCUCUUGGGGACGGCGAGCAGAACUCGCUCGACGCUCUUGGGGACGGCGAGCAGAACUCGAUCUACGAUCUGGGGGACGGCGAGCAGAACUCGCUCGACACUCUUGGGGAUGGCGAGCAGAACUCAAUCCACGAUCUUGGGGACGGUGAGCAGAACUCGCUCCACGAUCUUGGGGACGGCGAGCAGAACUCGCUCGACGCUCUUGGGGACGGCGAGCAGAACUCGAUCCACGAUCUUGGGGACGGCGAGCAGAACUCGCUUGACGCUCUUGGGGACGGCGAGCAGAACUCGCUCGACGCUCUUGGGGACGGCGAGCAGAACUCGAUCUACGAUCUUGGGGACGGCGAGCAGAACUCGCUCGACACUCUUGGGGAUGGCGAGCAGAACUCAAUCCACGAUCUUGGGGACGGUGAGCAGAACUCGCUCCACGAUCUUGGGGACGGCGAGCAGAACUCGCUUAACGCUCUUGGGGACGGCGAGCAGAACUCGCUCGACGCUCUUGGGGACGGCGAGCAGAACUCGAUCUACGAUCUGGGGGAUGGCGAGCAGAACUCAAUCCACGAUCUUGGGGACGGUGAGCAGAACUCGCUCCACGAUCUUGGGGACGGCGAGCAGAACUCGCUCGACGCUCUUGGGGACGGCGAGCAGAACUCGAUCCACGAUCUUGGGGACGGCGAGCAGAACUCGCUUGAUGCUCUUGGGGACGGCGAGCAGAACUCGCUCGACGCUCUUGGGGACGGCGAGCAGAACUCGAUCUACGAUCUGGGGGACGGCGAGCAGAACUCGCUCGACACUCUUGGGGAUGGCGAGCAGAACUCAAUCCACGAUCUUGGGGACGGUGAGCAGAACUCGCUCCACGAUCUUGGGGACGGCGAGCAGAACUCGCUCUACGCUCUUGGGGACGGCGAGCAGAACUCGCUCGACGCUCUUGGGGACGGCGAGCAGAACUCGAUCUACGAUCUGGGGGACGGCGAGCAGAACUCGCUCGACACUCUUGGGGAUGGCGAGCAGAACUCAAUCCACGAUCUUGGGGACGGUGAGCAGAACUCGCUCCACGAUCUUGGGGACGGCGAGCAGAACUCGCUCGACGCUCUUGGGGACGGCGAGCAGAACUCGAUCCACGAUCUUGGGGACGGCGAGCAGAACUCGCUCCACGAUCUUGGGGACGGCGAGCAGAACUCGCUCUACGCUCUUGGGAACGGCGAGCAGAACUCGCUUAACGCUCUUGGGGACGGCGAGCAGAACUCGAUCCACGUCCUUGGUGACGGCGAGCAGAACUCGCUCCACGAUCUUGGGGACGGCGAGCAGAACUCGCUCCUCGAUCUUGGGGACUGCGAGCAGAACUCGCUCCACGAUCUUGGGGACGGCGAGCAGAACUCGCUCGACGCUCUUGGGGACUGCGAGUAG